ACUAUAUUUCCUUCAAUUUACAAGCGUUCGAAAGUAAAUGAAUCUUCUGCUAUUAACAGAUUCAAGCGCGUAAUGAAUCGGCGGAUGAAAAAAAAAUUAUCUUUAACAUCAAAUCCUGAGUGCAAAGCUACAGAAUCGAUAGAAGUGGUGACUGAAUUUUCCCAAGUUAUGCCUUCAAAAGUUGACCAAGAGUGUCAAGUAGACUUUUAUUCAAGGUCUGAUGUACAAUCUCAAACAUUCAUUUGUAAUCGUUUUGUCAAAGACGAUAUGUGUCAUGCUGAAACCCAAACAGAAAUUUUAGAAGAUACCAGGCCGAUAAAAAUUUAUUGUGGUAAUAAUAAUAAAAAAUUUGCAAACAAAGAAUGUGGCACUCCUCAUAAAACGUUUGUUGAUACGGAAAGUCAAACGGAUAAUAAACAUGGAUUCCAUGGAUUCGCAUCAGUGACAAAGGAUCGAGAAAUCCUUGAUCUGGCAGGUGUAUCAUUUCCUAAUUUUGAUUUCUUGUUGACGAAAAUACGCCCACCACGAAAGUGCAUUGUAUCGAAAAAAGAUCGACUAUUGAUUUUUUUAAUGAAAAUAAAAACUGGAUUAACAUUUUCAGGACUUGGUGUACUAUCUGACGUUGCUGGAGGACGAAAAUCUGAUUCUCAACUUACUAUAGAGUCAGGAUUAUUAGACCUCUUGGAAGAUGGUGACAUUGUUUUAGCUGACAAAGGUUUUCCAGAAAUUAAAACAGUGAUUGACGCAAGUGGCAAGAAAGUAAAAAUGGUUAUGCCACCUUUCCUUGAGAAAAAAACUGAAUUUUCAAAAGAAGAAACUCAACAAACUUAUAGUGUAGCAAGAGUUAGGAUUCACGUUGAAAGAAUCAUGCAGCGAUUGAGGACUCAUCAAAUAUUACAUAAAAUUCCACAGCAUUUAUUUCAUUGCAUAGACGACAUUCUGCACAUUUGUUGUGUUUUGGUAAAUUUACAGCCUCCAAUUAUUUCUAAUAAAACUGAUGAAGCAAAUGAGGGAUAA